AUGAUGGCCGAAAUUCGGGAAGAAGUUAUCGCACAGGCUGCACGGCAGAGAACAUUCUUUGAGGAACAGACGAGAAUAAACCCAGAAGAAGACCCCAAGCUCUACACGCAGGAUCAGGGUCUACUGCAAGUCCAAUCCUCUCAACAAUACCCCAGCUCUGAGCUAAAAGACGGUCUCAGUACUCAGCUCCAACAGUUGAGUCUCAGAUCGGCUGAGCCAAGUCCACAUUUGUGGCAUACACCUCAGCCCAUGGCACAAUUUUCAGCCAAAACACAUCUCCUCGACGUGGUCGAACACAAGGACCAAGUCGUGGAACAUCCCAGAUAUUCAGUCAAAACACAUCCACGCCUCGACGUGGCAGACCACUUGGGCCAGUCCGGGGUACAGGACAAGGUCCAAGACGUGGAGAACACUUCGGACCUCUACGAGGCAGACAGCAGAGAGCACGCGGCCAAGAGCAUUCCGGCAGGUAUGCCAGAGUGCCGCUUUGUCUGCAGCAGCGAACUUGGCUGGACGAACCUCCCAGAUAUGUCGAACCAGAUCCCAGCCCAGUUGCAACUCCAAAUCCUCGGGCCCAGACACAACUACUCGUAUAGACCACCAAAUUACUUCAGUUCGGUGUCCCAUCUGCCAGUAGAGGAUCAAGUCUGGGACAAUAUUCCAGAUCUUCCAGGGCCCAGAAGGGCAAGCCCCAAUGUACCAGCUCAAAGUGGCAACAUCUCAGCACACAAUCCCAGCGACAUCGUUCCAGAAGCAAUUUCAGCCUCUGCUGACUCUGAUGAGGAAGCUGGGGGUGUCCUCAUCCAAAACUAG